AGCCGCGCGGUAUCCGGAGCCAUCCGUGACUCCCGGACGGCGGCGGGGCGCGUGGCCUUAGGGAGGACGGGGAGACCGGCUGCCUGGCUGUGGGGAGCGGAAGCUGCGGGGCGGGGACGUUGCUCAUCAAGGCGAAGAGGUAGGCCCGGCCCCGCGAGCCCCCAGCUCUGAUCUCCACUCUCGUCCUCCAGUUGCAGACAUGGCCAAGUCCAAGAACCACACCACGCACAACCAGUCCCGAAAAUGGCACAGAAAUGGCAUCAAGAAACCCCGAUCACAACGAUAUGAAUCUCUUAAGGGGGUGGACCCCAAGUUCCUGAGGAACAUGCGUUUUGCCAAGAAGCACAACAAGAGGGGCCUGAAGAAGAUGCAGGCCAACAACGCCAAGGCCGUAACUGCACGUGCUGAGGCUAUCAAGACUCUUGUAAAGCCCAAGGAGGUCAAGCCCAGGAUCCCAACGGGCGGCAGCCGCAAGCUCAGUCGACUUGCCUACAUUGCUCACCCCAGGCUCGGGAAACGUGCUCGUGCCCGCAUCGCCAAGGGUCUCAGGCUCUGCCGGCCAAAGUCCCAGGCCAAGGCUCAAACCAAGGCGAAGGCUGCAGGUGCAGCUGCAGCUCCGGCUGUGGCUCCAGCUCUGGCUCCGGCUCCAGCUCCAGCUCCCGCUCCCAAAGGUGCCCAGGCCCCCACAAAGGCUCCAGAGUAGAGACCUUUGUCUGCCAAUGUGAGGACAGAAGGACUGGUGUGACCCCUGGGCUGCUGUCUGCAUGGGGCUGGUGUCCUCCUGUGCUAUUUGUACAAAUAAACCUGAGGCAGGAUCUUUCAGUCA